UAAAGGGUUGUCCUCAGACAGCCCUUCAAGCAGUACAUAAAGUAAGACAUCAUCGAGCUAUCCCAUAUUAAUCUUCUCAUUUCCCUUUUCCUCAAUUAUUAUUGCUUUUUUAAACAGUGGGGGGUGAAUUCUUAUUAAGUCAGCAGAAAGUCCAACACUGUCUGCUUCAGCAGCUUCAGUCAAUGUCAGGAUGAAGAGAGGAAUGUCUUUCGCAUGCUUUGCUUCUCCCGCUAGCCAGUAGGUGGGUGUGUUUAACAGAGGAAAAAGCAAGGAGGAAGGAGCCUGUCAACCAGCCUCCCCAGCUAAUUAGCUCAGCCUACAACAAAGAUAAGCGAGCUGGGGAGGAGGACCCCCUGAAGGGUCUUUUGAAUCUGGGCAAUGUCUGAUUGGCAGAUGCUGAGGGAGAUUCUUUGGUAAUCCAGUUCAUCAAUGAGCUGCAUAAAUUCAGGAGAGGGCUGGAAGAAUUCAGGCAUGUGGUGGACACUUUGUGGAUGGAGUCUGCAAGAAGGCAGCCCAAAAUGGACAGAACCUUGGAAUCUCUACAGCAUAUAAUCUCCCAAGUCCUGCCUCACAGGGACCCUGCACUUGCAUUUAAAGACUUGAAUGUUGUAGCAAUGCUUCAGGAAUUCUGGGAGAGCAAACAGAAACAGAGAGGUGUGUUUUCAAGUGAAGGCACAGUGGUCUACGAGUCACUAAAUUCUCCUGGGCCUCCGUUUGUGAGUUAUGUUACCCUGCCUGGAGGAAGCUGCUUUGGUAACUUUCAGUGCUGCCUGAGCAGAGCCGAAGCAAGACGAGAUGCGGCAAAAGUGGCGCUAAUCAAUUCUCUCUUCAAUGAGUUGCCUUGUCGCAGGAUCACAAAGGAAUUUAUUAUGGAGAGCGUUCAGGAAGCUGUUUCAUCCACCAGUGGUACUUUAAAUGAUGCUGAUGACCCAAGCACAAGUAUUGGAGCCUAUCAUUAUAUGCUGGAAUCAAAUAUGGGGAAGACAAUGCUGGAAUUUCAGGAACUGAUGAUAGUCUUUCAACUGCUGCACUGGAAUGGAAGCCUCAAAGCUUUGCGUGAAACAAAGUGCUCUCGACAAGAAGUGAUCUCCUACUAUUCCCAGUACAGUUUGGAUGAAAGGAUGAGAAGUCACAUGGCUCUGGACUGGCUUAUGAAGGAGCAAGAAACUCCGGGCAUUAUUUCGCAAGAGCUGCAAGUGGCCCUUCGAGAGCUGGAAGAAACCCGGAAAGCUGGACAAGAGCUGCGGUUUUACAAAGAGAAAAAGGAAAUACUGGGCUUAGCACUGAGCCAGCUGUACAGUGAUCAAACCGCUGCCUCUUCAAAUGAUGAUCGUAUGAGUCUAGCCCUAAGUGGCUAUCGCUAGGGCAGCCUAGGGCACCGUUUGUAUGAAACAGGUUUGCAAGGCUGGUCUGUAAUGAGCUAAUCCUGGAUCAUUCAGAUCAAUGUGAAACAACAGCUUGCCUUCAGCUGAUUGUAUAAUGUACAAAGCAGAAACUCUCAAAUCCCCCCCCCCCAAGGUGAGCAGCAUGAGUUCCAGGUGCAUGUGGAAUCCACACAUCUCAUGUGCAAGUUCACAGAAUGCAUGAAGAAGAAGCAUUACUCACACAUGCUUCCUGUUUCACUGCAUGUGAAACAACUAAAGCUGCAUUACAGUGUGAAAUUCUGUGUGACGAAGACAGAUUUUUAGAAUUAUUAUUUUUAUAAAAAAAAUAUAGCUUAGGUUUGUAACUUCUUAAAGAACAGCAACAAUCAUUUAAUAGCGUUGUAUAAUCAAAGUAAGUGUGGCAGAAUUGUUUAGUAUGUGAAUUGAAUUAAUACAUCCGAGAGAUGUACAGAAAUAAGGAGUGAAAUGUCCCUGCAAUAAGCAAAAACUGCCGGCUGAUAGAUAUAUAUAUAUUGUUAUUUAAAGUAGUGGUUGAAGGGACAACAAUAGGCUUCUAAACUUAGGGAAAUCUAUGACACAAAAGCAGAAAACCAGUUGUUAUACUUGAAAAAUGACCAACGCGGACAUUCUUCUAGAAAAAUAACUUGAGUCCUGAUAAUAAAAUACAUUAGCUACAGCAAAGCCUGUGUAGAUUUUUUUUCUUGUUUACAUGAGUAGUAAGUAAAAUAACAACACUGUGAUAGGCCAGUAUUUGCAAUUGGCAAGCCCAUUGCUUCUGAUAGGAACACAAAUCUCAACUUUUCAUUAUUUUUGCUCAUUGUACUGUAUCAAUACAGCAAAUGAGAAAAAGACAACAAUAUAUUUGAUCAGCACCUGGAAGCAGUGGCUGGCUGUGCCCAGGGCCACAUUCAGUUUUCAAUGCCCCAGUAGUAAGACAUGUGGGGCUACUGCAUUUCUGAACAUCAGAAUGUCAUCAAAGAACAACUGACAACAUCAGUGAUAAUAUUUAUGUGUGAUGAAAUCAACCCUUUUGCAGGGCAAAUGUAAUGAAUUGCUUUUACUUCUUGGCAGGGAAACAGACAACCAUGUUUAAUUUGUUUUGCUCACUACACUUAUACUAGUUUCCUUAGCAAAUGAGAAAAACAGCUUAGGAAUGAUUCGGGUGGUUUAAUAGCACUGAAUGAAGUACAGUCGUACCUUGGUUCUCUAAUAGAAUGCAUUCCGGGAGUCCGUUGAACUCCCGGAACUGUUCAAAAACCAAGGCACGGCUUCUGAUUGGCUGCAGGACGCUCCUGCAGCCAAUCGGAAGACACAUCAGACAUUCAGCUUCCAAAAAUCGUUUGGAAACCAGAACACUCACUUCCAGUUUUCAAUCAUUCAGGAGCUGAAACGUACGAGUUCCAAGGCAUUCGGCGACCAAGGUAUGACUGUACUGCUGCUGCAGCUGAGGACCAACCAACUUAGUCACAAAAUUGUAUGCUUAAGUUAUAGGUUCCAGGUUUUUGAGAAAUUGACAGUGCCUGCAAAUCCUUUCAUCUGAGCGAGAUCUCACUUGCCCCACAGCUGACAUUAUAUAAGACAAUGUAUGGAAGAUGGGCAGGUGUGGCUUAGUCAAAAUGGCCCCAUGCGCCAAUUGGGGAGGCUUGGUGAACCUAUUAGGCCAGUGAGAUGAAGGUUUCCCAUCCCUGAUCCAACAACAACAACAAAUUCAGAAAGUUCAACUGUACUUUGGAAGUAAAUAAUAAUAAUGACUUACAAUUUUGGUCAUGAUUUUCAGCAUUUGGUGAAGAUCUUCCUAAAUUUGAACCAAAUUAUAGGAUGUUGUCAAUGCCUGCCUUGGCUCUAACCUAAGCUACCUCUUCCACUGUCAUGAUAAACACUGCUCUGCUUAUCAAGCACAAUGCAGCCAAUCCUUUCUGCUGGUUGUGUACUUGUGACUCUUACAGGAAUUUCCGUUGCAAGCAGAUCAGAUACACAUAUUCAGGCCUUUUUUCCAGACAGAACAGGUGGCUGCGGAUAGCAUGGCGACUGGUGCAGUGGGGUCCCCCCCAAAAGCCCCAAGUUCCGGCACCUCUUUUUCUAGAAAAAAAGCUCAGCACGUAUUAUGAAGAGCCCUUGACAAUGAGUUAUCAACACUGUGUUGCAAAAAGGAAACCAGACUGUUCUUUCAAGAUUCAUCUAUAGCUGUCAUGGGUCUACUGCAGCAAAUGGUAAAGAAAUAAAAUACUGGGAAUUAGAAUCAACCAUUAAUUUUUUAAAAAAGUAUUUUACUGCCUCAAAUCUUCUGUAUCUUAUUUGAUCUCACUCAAGUGUUGAAUUUGGGCAAUCAUUUUGUAAAAUAAACCGUUGUGAAAACA